AUGUCCGAUGAUGUCAGUAAUGAUUUGAUGGUUGAUAUCUUUGAAAGACUGCCGCUCAAAUCCAUCAUUCGGUUCAGAUCACUCUCCAAAUACUGGCAUUCUCGCAUUGCUAGCCCAGAAUUCAUCCGCAAUCACAGCCUUCGUUGUUCUAAAAACCCUCCAAAACUCCUCAUCAAACACCACACUUAUUGCGGAAAUCUCGAGUUCAAAGACAUCUAUACAUUACACCCGCUAGACCAGUUGCCGCUAGAUUCAAGUUCUGGCUACAUCCGCAUACCUGGAGUUGAGUUUCCUCAUGGUACUAAAAAAGUUAUUGGUUCGUGUAAUGGAAUUCUCUGUCUGCGUGAUAACGGAAGUUAUAUUAGUCUAUGGAACUUGUCAAUUAGGCGCGAACUGAUAGUGCCGCGGGUUCCUCGUUUAAAUUUAUCUUCAAUGGCUUUAGGGUUUGGUUUCGAUCCGAUCACUGAUGAUUACAAUCUUGUGGCUAUAUGUUACAACAAAUAUGAAUCAGAUGGAAUCAAUGCAUUUGUUUACUCCUUGAAAACAGAUUCUUGGAGGGCGACCCCUUCUCCAUCUACCUGGUUAAAGGAUGUGAAGUCGAAUGCGUGUUUUUUCAAUGGAAUAUUGCAUUGGGUAGUUGACGGUUAUUUAACAGAACCAUCACCCGAAGAGCGCAAACACCCGAUUCCUUUUAUAUUUACAUUCGAUUUGAAUACUCAUGUUUGUGGACACAUCUUGUUGCCUAGGCCUUGGAGAGUCAAACAGUUAACAACCAUAAAUGGUUGUCUAGUAGCGGUUUCUUUCGAACGUGCUAAUAAUUGGAAGAUUAGGGUGAUGAAAGAGUACUGUAACAUUGAAUCUUGGUCUGUGCUUUUUGAAUUUCAAGCAGAUGCUUUUGAUGUAAUCAGAGUUUUUCAAGCGGUCAUUAAUGGUGAUAUAGUGGCAUACUAUAAUGGAUCAAGUGUUUAUAAUCUUCAAACAAGGUUGUUGAUGAAACUUUUGAAAUUUGGACCUUAUUGUUUCAACCUCAAGAUGGAAACCUAUGCGGAAAGCCUUGAAUUAUUGGACAAAGAAAGGGCGACGACUUGCGGGGAAACCAUAUUCUCUUGGACGAAAGAGGAUGAUCACAAAAGAAUUUGUUUAUCGCAGGGAUUAGAUGAUGAAUGUUUGUUCUUGAAUUAUACCUUUUAG